AUGAAGUGUAUUCUCUUGCAGCCGAUCGCUUUUCAUUUAAGAACAGUUUUCACGUUCAAUGUUUGCCAUUAAUGUGCACUAUGAAUACAACAUCAAAUCAUGAAUGUUGAUGAUUACAGUGUUGUUUAUAGCCAGGGAAAUGAGAAUUAUCCCGAAAACGCUAUUUUUAUCAACGAGAUUAGUCAAGGAUUGGACAUUAUACAAAAUUCGGACAAAUCUUUAAAAACAAAGGAAAGUAAUAUUGAAUUUAGAAUCAAAGAAAAGGUAGUGCAAAAUGAACUGUUCAACACUCAAGACAAAUUAAUAACAAGUGCUUUAAAUAAUACGGAUACAUACGCCACUCUAACUCCAUUGCAAACACUUCCUCCCAUAUCUACUAUGUCGGAGAAGUUCUUAUAUGGUAGUCAAUGGAAUGAAGCUUGUUCCAUUGAUGUUUCAAAUUCUUCCAGCGAUAGAAAUGACGUCAUUGACAGUAGGUCAUUGUCAUUUAACACACCUAUAAAUCAAUCCCACUUCCCAAAGCUUUGCAUACGAAAUAUUACUUUACAACGCAGGCAAAAUCACAAUUAUGCAGACAAUUAUAUGCACUCCGAAAAACGAAAAAUAUUUCCCGAGACUGCAAAAUCCAUUUUGCAAGAUACUUUACGGUUUCCAGUUAUAAAUAACAAUGAAGUGCAAAACAUUGUUGAAAAAAAUAUUCUAGAGUUUACGCAAUGUUCCAAAAACAAAGAAGAUAAUUACAUAAAUUCGCAAAUUGUAGGACACUCGAAUCCAAUAGAAGAAAUCAAAUUUAUAGAUGACUUCAGUUCUACGAAAACUGUUUUAACUUGCCCAUCACUAAAAAAAUAUCCAGUAACCCCACCUCCUAAAGAAAACCACAAGAGCAUAUCUCUAAAGAAAAGUAACGUGAAGCUAGGAACAGAUUGUGUUUUCGAAAAACACGUCGCUUCUACAUCACUGGGAGAAGGAGCCAACAUUGAAAUAGGUAGAAAGAGUCAAUUCACAAAAAUUGAUGAAUCUGGGAAUUCCUUCCCAUUACCACUGCAAAUAACAGGGAGUACCGCACAAGUCUUUUCCGACUUUAAUGAAGAAUCGUUUACAUCGUCUACAAUUUCAAACAAGGGAAACAAAUGUUCAUAUUCUGAUUUGAAAUCUGAUACUAUUUCUUAUCAAGCUGUCCCCUCUACAAAAUUACAAGAUGAGGCAGAAGACAGAGAAGAAAUUAAUACUAAAGAUUUAGCUCAAAGGAUUUCCUCUGAACUCAAGCGAUAUAGUAUCCCCCAAGCAAUUUUUGCACAAAGAGUUUUAUGCCGAUCACAGGGAACUUUGUCUGAUCUGCUACGAAAUCCAAAGCCUUGGUCGAAAUUGAAAUCAGGUCGGGAGACAUUUAGACGCAUGCUGAAAUGGCUCCAGGAACCUGAAAUGCAGAGAAUGUCAUCUCUAAGAUUGGCAGCAGCACAGGAACAGAGAGCUUGUACAUUUGUUAACUCUAAACAAGAAUUUACACGCAUUUCUGCCGAUCGCUUUUCAUUUAAGAACAGUUUUCACGUUGAAUGUUUGCCAUUAAUGUGCACUAUGAAUACAACAUCAAAUCAUGAAUGUUGAUGAUUACAGUGUUGUUUAUAGCCAGGGAAAUGAGAAUUAUCCCGAAAACGCUAUUUUUAUCAACGAGAUUAGUCAAGGAUCGGACAUUAUACAAAAUUCGGACAAAUCUUUAAAAACAAAGGAAAGUAAUAUUGAAUUUAGAAUCAAAGAAAAGGUAGUGCAAAAUGAACUGUUCAACACUCAAGACAAAUUAAUAACAAGUGCUUUAAAUAAUACGGAUACAUACGCCACUCUAACUCCAUUGCAAACACUUCCUCCCAUAUCUACUAUGUCGGAGAAGUUCUUAUAUGGUAGUCAAUGGAAUGAAGCUUGUUCCAUUGAUGUUUCAAAUUCUUCCUGCGAUAGAAAUGACGUCAUUGACAGUAGGUCAUUGUCAUUUAACACACCUAUAAAUCAAUUCCACUUCCCAAAGCUUUGCAUACGAAAUAUUACUUUACAACGCAGGCAAAAUCACAAUUAUGCAGACAAUUAUAUGCACUCCGAAAAACGAAAAAUAUUUCCCCAGACUGCAAAAUCCAUUUUGCAAGAUACUUUACGGUUUCCAGUUAUAAAUAACAAUGAAGUGCAAAACAUUGUUGAAAAAAAUAUUCUAGAGUUUACGCAAUGUUCCAAAAACAAAGAAGAUAAUUACAUAAAUUCGCAAAUUGUAGGACACUCGAAUCCAAUAGAAGAAAUCAAAUUUUAUUUAUAUAUACUUCAGUUCUGCGAAAACUGUUUUAACUUGCCCAUCACUAAAAAAAUAUCCAGUAACCCCACCUCCUAAAGAAAACCACAAGAGCAUAUCUCUAAAGAAAAGUAACGUGAAGCUAGGAACAGAUUGUGUUUUCGAAAAACACGUCGCUUCUACAUCACUGGGAGAAGGAGCCAACAUUGAAAUAGGUAGAAAGAGUCAAUUCACAAAAAUUGAUGAAUCUGGGAAUUCCUUCCCAUUACCACUGCAAAUAACAGGGAGUACCGCACAAGUCUUUUCCGACUUUAAUGAAGAAUCGUUUACGUCGUCUACAAUUUCAAACAAGGGAAACAAAUGUUCAUAUUCAGAUUUGAAAUCUGAUACUAUUUCUUAUCAAGCUGUUCCCUCUACAAAAUUACAAGAUGAGGCAGAAGACAGAGAAGAAAUUAAUACUAAAGAUUUAGCUCAGAGGAUUUCCUCUGAACUCAAGCGAUAUAGUAUCCCCCAAGCAAUUUUUGCACAAAGAGUUUUAUGCCGAUCACAGGGAACUUUGUCUGAUCUGCUACGAAAUCCAAAGCCUUGGUCGAAAUUGAAAUCAGGUCGGGAGACAUUUAGACGCAUGCUGAAAUGGCUCCAGGAACCUGAAAUGCAGAGAUUGCCAUCUCUAAGAUUGGCAGCAGCACAGGAACAGAGAGCUUGUACAUUUGUUAACUCUGAACAAGAAUUUACACGCAUUUCUGUUCGGUAUAGCUGUGGGCCCUUCAUAUAUAAGUUAACAACAUAAAUGUUUAGUUAUUGUUCUCACAACAUAUUCAUUUACAACACGAGCAAGUCAACCCAAAGCAAUAACAGCAGAUCUAGUUACAACACGAGCAAACCAACAUAACACGUGCAACCUGAAAUAAUAACACUUGUCCACAAUCAUCAAAUAUUAGUGGCGUUAUCGUGGGAAAUACAAAAAGACUUUACAGCUAGCAGUGUGAAUCUCAAAACUAAUGUUAAUGCACAAGAUUCUAACCUUCACACAAAAAGAUCUCGUCUCGUUUUUACAGAUCUGCAAAGACGUACUCUGCAAGCGAUUUUUAAGGAAACAAAGAGGCCUUCCAAGGAAAUGCAGGUUACUAUUGCUAGACAACUAGGCUUAGAACCUACAACUAUUGGUAAUUACUUUAUGAAUGCGCGCCGUCGUUCAAUGGAUAAGUGGGUAGAUGAUGGAAUAAAAGACAUUAAUAGCUCUGCUAAUAGUAUAUAAUUAAGCAUCUAUUUCUUGCAUGAUAUGUAAAAUAGUUUAUUUUAUUGAUUUAUUAAAAUUGAACAACAGUCAUUUAAAGAAGCUAAUAUUGUCUUCUACCCAUUUUAUUCAUGCA